CUAAUUUUCUUAGGUGUCAGAAAAACAAAACCAAGCCCCAAGAAUCUCUCUCCUUGAGAGUGUGUGUGUGUGUGUGUGAGAGAGAGAGAGAGAGAGAGAGAGAGAGAGAGGAGAGUUGUUUAUAUGUUGGAAAUGGUGAGGCAGUGAAUCAAAGUGAUUAACUUGGCUGGCUUGGCAGACUUCAUCUUUGAUGGUUGCUUGUGUUUUGUAAGGACAUGAAGGGAGAUUAUUCAGGUCCAUGGACAAAACAGAAGAAUGAAAACAACACACCCUCCUCAUGUUGUUAUGCAAUUCAGCACACAACAAGAAGACAACAACAAUGCAUACAAACACAAACUGUUGCUGUUGUUGUACCAAAACAGAAACCUACUCCAUUAAAACAUUCUUCUAAACUGGCUCUUCCUCCUUGCCACAUCCACACCAACACUUUCUCAUUCGUUCCCAUGCUUCUUGUUCUUUUAUUUCUUGUUGUUUCUUCUCUCUUCACCCCUGCAUUGUCACACCCAAUUGUCUCAGAUUCCGGCCGCCGCCUCUCGCCGGCCAAUCAGACUUUUCGGCCAGGUUCAGAGUUGAACAAGUUGAGGGUUGUCCAAUCAUAUUUAAAGAAGAUCAACAAGCCGGCAGUCAAGACUAUCCAGAGCCCUGAUGGUGAUGUGAUAGACUGUGUUUUAUCUCAUCUUCAACCAGCUUUUGACCAUCCUGAGCUUAAAGGACAGAAGCCAUUGGAUGAACCAGAGAGGCCCAAAGACAAAGGCCAUAACAACACAGAUAUAGUGGGAGACAGUUAUCAACUGUGGUCAGAUUCUGGUGAAUCCUGUCCACAAGGAACUGUUCCAAUCAGGAGGACAGCAGAUAAAGACAUUUUAAGAGCAAGCUCCAUCAGAAGAUUUGGAAGAAAACCAAGAAGAAGUGUGAGGAGAGACUCAUCAGGCAGUGGCCAUGAGCAUGCAGUUGUGUUUGUAAAUGGAGAUCAAUACUAUGGAGCAAAGGCCAGCAUAAAUGUAUGGGCUCCACGUGUGACUGAUCAAUAUGAAUUUAGCUUGUCACAGAUUUGGGUAAUCUCUGGUUCAUUUGGCCAUGAUCUGAAUACCAUUGAAGCUGGAUGGCAGGUUAGCCCAGAGUUAUAUGGAGACAACUACCCUAGAUUCUUUACAUACUGGACAACAGAUGCAUAUCAAGCCACUGGAUGCUACAACUUGCUUUGCUCUGGCUUUGUCCAAACUAAUAACAAGAUUGCUAUUGGAGCAGCAAUAUCUCCAAGGUCUUCUUAUGGUAGCAGACAAUUUGACAUUGGCUUGAUGGUUUGGAAGGAUCCAAAGCACGGUCACUGGUGGCUAGAAUUUGGUAAUGGCCUACUAGUUGGAUAUUGGCCUGCAUUCUUGUUUAGUCACCUGAGGAGCCAUGCAAGCAUGGUGCAAUUUGGAGGAGAAAUUGUAAAUAGUAGAUCAAUGGGAUACCACACAUCUACACAAAUGGGGAGUGGCCAAUUUGCAGAAGCUGGAUUUGGAAAAGCAUCUUACUUCAGAAAUUUGCAAGUAGUUGAUUGGGAUAAUAACCUACUUCCUCUCACAAAUCUUCACCUCCUGGCUGAUCGUCCAAAUUGUUAUGACAUAAGACAAGGAAGAAACAAUGUCUGGGGGACUUACUUUUACUAUGGAGGCCCUGGAAGAAAUGUAAGGUGUCCAUGAAUAUAACAGCAUAGUACAGAAAGCAACCUGUCUUGAUUUUUAUUUUUUUUCAUUUUGAGGUAUUUAUUAUUUUUUCUUUGUAGGCCAUAACAAGGGUUUUGUUGUAUUUUACAGUCCUCAUAUAUUAAAAAAAAAAAAAGUGUGUUAUAUUCAAAACGUUUAGCACCCUCUCACUGGGAC